AUGACUGUUAUUAAAUUUCAUCAGGAAGUCAGAAACGGUGUUCACGAUGGUUUGUUCACUGCGCACCCAGGGGAAGAGAAUUGGGGAAUCGCCCAUCGUAUCCUUAUGCCAGCAUUUGGGCCCUUGUCAAUCCAGAGAAUGUUCGAUGAGAUGCACGACGUCGCAGCUCAACUCGCUCUCAAAUGGGCAAGGUAUGGUCCAGACUCACCCAUCUCGGUGACGGACGACUUUACGCGACUCGCACUGGACACGCUUGCACUCUGCUCCAUGGGAUACCGGUUCAACAGCUACUACUCGCCCACAUUGCAUCCCUUCAUUCAGGCAAUGGGUGACUUUCUGACCGAGUCAGGUCAGCGGUCGCGUCGCCUGCCACUGCCAUCAAUAUUCUUCCGAGCAGAGGAUCAAAAGUUCGAGGCCGAUAUUGAAGUACUGAGGAAAACGGCUCAGGGGGUCCUCGACUCGCGUAAGGCGGGUGAAAGCGACCGCAAUGACCUGCUGGCCGCGAUGCUAAGAGGUGUUGACUCGAAGACCGGGAAGAAGAUGACCGACGAAAGCAUAAUGGACAACCUAAUCACGUUCUUGAUUGCUGGCCACGAGACGACAUCCGGACUCCUCUCAUUCACGUUCUACCAGCUGCUCAAACAUCCCGAGACAUACCGAAAAGCGCAACAAGAGGUUGACGACGUUGUUGGACGCGGCGUCAUCACGGUCGAACAUCUUUCAAAACUCCCGUACAUCAACGCUGUUCUACGCGAAACUUUGCGCCUAAACGCCCCAAUCCCGCUAUUCACAGUGGAAGCGAUCGAGGAUACUUUGCUUGCCGGCAAAUAUCCCAUCAAAGCCGGGGAGACCAUCGUCGAGCUGCUCGCCAAGUCCCAUAUAGACCCCGAAGUCUUUGGUGACGAUGCAAAUGAAUUUAACCCGGAGCGUAUGCUCGACCAGCCAUUUGAGAAGCUCAUGAAAAAAUUUCCCAAUGCAUGGAAGCCCUUUGGGAAUGGAAUGCGGGCUUGCAUUGGACGCCCCUUUGCGUGGCAGGAAUCGCUCCUCGUCAUGGCCAUGCUCUUGCAAAACUUCAAUUUCAUCCUGGAGCCGAGCUACAGCCUCGGUAUCAAGCAGACGUUGACAAUCAAGCCAAAGGAUAUGUACAUGCGCGCUGUUCUGCGCCACGGGCUCUCUCCAACGACCCUCGAGCGGCAAUUGUCCGGACAGGCCGCGUCGAAAACGGACAGCACGGAUUCAAAAGCUCAUGACUCCAACGAUAAGGAAGGUGUCCCGCUGACUAUCUUGUACGGCUCAAGCAGCGGAACAUGCCAGACUCUGGCGCAGCGUGCCGCUGGCGACGCCAGGGACCAUGGAUUUCGUGUCGUCAACAUCGAUUGCCUGGACAGAGCAAACGGCGCUCUACCAACGGAUCAUCCCGUCGUUAUCGUGACAACAUCGUAUGAGGGUCAGCCACCGGACAACGCGGGUCACUUCCAAGCUUGGAUCGAAAGCCUGAAGAAAGAGGAGCAACCGCUCAAGGGCGUCUCGUAUGCUGUUUUCGGCUGUGGACACAAGGACUGGACGCAAACUUUCCAUCGCAUCCCCAGGCGUGUGGACGAGAUUCUCGAGAAUGCCGGUGCAAGACGUGUUGCACAGCUCGGUUUAAGUGACGUUUCCAAAGGAACCGUCUUCACUGAUUUCGAGGCGUGGGAAGAGAGCAUUCUAUGGCCUGCGCUUACAUCUACCUACAAGGUCGAAAAGGAUGAGAAGAGGCAAUUGAAGGGUGGUCUGAGUGUAAAGCUCUCGACUCCUAGAGUGUCGACCUUGCAACAAGACGUCGUGGAAGCUGUUGUGGUUGAUGCCUGCGCCCUGACAUCGACUGCGGGCGACCGGGUGAAGAAACAUCUCGAAAUUCGCUUACCAGCAGACACAACUUAUACCACCGGAGACUACCUCGCUGUGCUGCCGAUCAAUCCAAAAGAGAGCAUCGAGCGUGCAAUGCGGUGCUUCCAUCUUCCCUGGGACGCCUACAUUGAGAUUUCCGGGGACGGUUCUACGACGCUGCCGAUCAACAAAUCUCUUCCAGCUGUUGAUAUCUUGAGCUCGUAUGUCGAGUUAUCACAGCCUGCAACAAAGAAGGAUCUGCUUCGUCUCGCGGAUUCGGCAAAAGAUGCCGAGACCAAGACGUCUCUCCAUCACCUUGCAAACAGCUCUUAUGCAGACGAAAUCAUCUCAAAGCGCGUUUCCGUACUUGAUCUUCUGGAGCGGUACCCGUCAGUUGACCUUCCUAUCGAACUCUUCCUCUCAAUGCUGCCUCCGAUGCGCACUCGACAGUAG